CCAUAACCACUCCUUUUCUCCUUUGUUGCGGAAUAUCUACCAUCUACAAUACUACUACUCCAACCAUUCGAUAAGUGGAAAGUGGAAAGUGCAAAGUGAAAAAUCGCCAUCAUGACAAGCCUAGAUCCCGUGGGCUUGCCCCAUGGUGACCAUCUCAUGGAGAACCACCGACAACAAUCAUCGAGGCAAGAAUCUAUUCAGGGGAAUGUAGUCGAGGUUGAGCGUGAGAUAAUUUCGGCUGUCGCUGCUUCUUCUCAGAUCAUCAGACCCGAACUUCCCACCUCUGCUGAGGACCUUGCUAACCUUGUCGAAUUGGAUGGCAGCACUGCCGAAAUCGCCGCCAAUUCUCCUAGAUACCGCAGACGAUCAUCAACUUUCAUUGACGGUGUUCACGAUGUUCCUGACGAAAAUAGCUCCCCAAUGGCCCCAGCCCAACUUUACAGUACCAUGUCAGGUCGUCUAUUCCACUCGGGAAGAAUAGCCAUCGUCCUUGUCGGUCUGCCCGCUCGCGGAAAGACGUGAGUUGUUUGACGAAUAUAACAAUGCUACUUUUACUCAUCUAAUAUCUUACUACAGCCAUGUCUCAGUAUCACUAUGUCGUUAUCUGCAAUGGUAGGUCUCGUCAUUAUCUGAUUUCUCACCUUCUCGCUAAAAUACCAUAGGCUUGGUGUCAAGACUCGAGUAUUCCAUCUGGGAGAUUACCGACGUGCAUCGAUGGGUCCAAAUGUUGACGUUCCUGACGACUAUUUCUUCAUCAAUGCUUCGGCAGCUUCAGUAAUGAUUCGCCAGAAGAUUCUAAAGAAAUGUCGAGAGGAUAUCUACGGCUGGCUCAACCACGAAAAUGGCCAAGUAGCCAUUUAUGAUGCAGUCAACCCUCUCAGUAAUGGGCGUCGCUCUCUUGCCAAGGAAUUCGCAAAGCACGAUGUUCAGGUGUGUAAUUCAUAAAACCGAUUCAAUUUCUGGAAGCUAACCCAUUCACCAUAGACUCUUUUCCUUGAAUCGUAUGUCACAGAUGAGAGAAUUCUCCAAGAAAAUGCUCGGAGUGUAAAGAUCUCAUCACCUGAUGUGAGUAUGACAAAAUCCCGUUCUACGUACAGCCUAAUAAGAUUAUCAGUUCAUUGGUAUGGAACCAGAUGAGGCAGCCAAGCUCUACCUGAAGAGAAUUGAUAUGAAGAUCCCUUACUUUGAGACCAUGAGUGAGGCAGAUCUUAACUAUGUCAAGAUGAUCAACGCCGGAGAGCGAAUUCAGUACAACAAUGUCAGCUUCGGCUAUCUAUCCCAUCGAAUUGUUUUCUAUUUGAUGAACUUACACAUCAAGUCUCGCCACACCUUCUUUGCUCGAGCAGGUACUUCGAGCCAACAAGACUCAUACAAAUUGGAUGCACAUCUUUCUUCCGAAGGUGCAGACUACGCAGAGAAGAUGUCAGAUGCUCUUCUUGCCCAUCGUGAGGCUGAGAGAGCCGCUCUUAUCGAAGCAGGUGGCUCAGAUGCUCCAUUAAAGCCAUUGACUGUGUGGACCUCAACAAGAAAAAGAACAGUAGAGACCGCUGCAGUGCUUGAAGAUCGUGGGUAUAAAGUUCGUCAAAGAUCUCAGAUGAGUCAACUCAAUCCAGGUGUAUGCGAGAAACUUUCAGAAAACGCAAUUCGUCGUGUAUAUCCCGAUGAAGUUUUUCUGCAUGAAAAGGACCCAUACCAUCAUAGAUACCCCAGAGCUGAGGUAUGAUGAAUCCUCUCUCAUUAAUAUUUACACUACUCACAAAUAUCUAGUCUUACCACGACCUUGCAGUCCGUCUCGAACCUAUCAUCCUCGAACUCGAGCGCGAACAAAACGACCUUCUAAUCAUUGCUCACGAAUCUGUCCUUCGAGUUUUGUAUGGCUACCUCAUGGCCUGCGAUGCAAUGUCCAUCCCCUCCCUCAAAUUCCCCCGCAACGAAAUUAUCGAGGUACACUCCCCACUAUCUCCCGUAAUCCCCAUCAUUACUAACAACCCCCAGAUCAUCCCAGCAUCCUACCAAAACGAAGCCAAACGUAUCAUCAUCCCAGGCGUAGCCGAAAAGAUCAUCCCCGGUUCCCCAGAAGAUAUUCGGAUCCCCGUUCCUCCCCCAUCGGGUGGUCUCACCCCCCUUUCUGGGAUCGGUACCCCAGCCUUAUCUGGAAGAGGUACACCUGCGGAGCUGGCUGCUGGUGCAAAGGAGGGCAGUGGUGGUAAUGAGACGGCUUUGAGACCGAAGAUGGUUUUGGGGGCGAGGAAACCGGAGAAUCCUUUGAGUAGGGAUUAGAUGUUAUGGUGGUGGACUUGUAGGGUCUGCUUUACAUUUGAAUUUCAGCAGAAGGCUCUCUUAGGUAUGGGGCGAGUAUUUGGUCUCGUGAAUGAAGCCGCCAACGGUUUGGCUUCGGUAUAGGAAGCUGGUAGUCCUGCGUAACUUAUCCCUUUAGCUCAUCUGGAUUGUUGUUGAUAGUUUCAACUUUCCUCUUCCACUCUUCUUUUUAGAAUGAAAU